AUGAAGUUCAGUCUCAUCGCAGCAGCAGCCUGCACUCUGGCAUCCUCUGCAUUCGCGGCUCCUGCUUGGUCUGCUUGGCCCAGCAAUUGUCUGGCUCAAGGCACCGCCACAGACAUCGUCAAUCAAUACGUCACGAUCCUAAACCACUACGACGUCAAAGCCGCCAACGCUACUGCACAGACUCUUCUUGCAGACGACUACAUCGAGAUCUCCGAUUCUAUCCUCUCCCUCGAAGGCCAACCGCUCAACCAGACAACCUUUGCCGGCAAGCAACUCUACAUCAAUGGCGUCCUCAACGCUCCUCCCGUCGAAGGCAUCAGCACCCUCCAAGUCCUCGUCGCUGGUUGUGACCAAAUCCUCUGGCAGUGGGUCUUCACCGGCAUCGGCUCAAAGGUCGCUCAGGUGAAGGGUUUUAACCUCUUCGGUCUGAAUGCACAGAACCAGAUCAAGACUGUGCACCUCGAGUUCAAUAGCAUUGCCUGGGGAUUAGACACUGGUUAUCAGGUCAUCUUCCCUCCUGGCCCUCCACCAUCUUAG